GCCUGCUGAAGCUGGCGUCAGAAACCAGUGCAGUGGCGGCGGGCGGCGGGUCCUUCGCGACAGUGGACGGCGCGUGCGCGCGGCGCGCUGGCUCCGCGGAGCUGGAGCCGAAGGGUGAAGCUGCGUCUUUAGGGUCUGCGGGCUCUUGGGCCGUGACUGCCAAUACCGACGUCAGCAGCGCCCCAUCCGUGAGUGGUCGUUUUGGAGCAAGAUUACCAAGACCUGUAUGUAUUCUGUGUGGUUUCGAACAAGUCCUUUAGCCAAAUUGAGCCUUAUUUUUUUCUACCUGCAAAGUGGAACUGACAGUUUGCGUCUAUUGAGCUGUUCAUGAACUAGGCAGUGUUGUCAUAUGAAGUUGAACAUGGCAGAAGAAGAAGAUUACAUGUCAGAUUCUUUCAUUAAUGUUCAAGAAGAUAUCAGACCAGGCGUGCCAAUGCUGAGGCAGAUCCGGGAGGCCCGUCGUAAAGAAGAAAGACAACAGGAAGCUAAUCUGAAAAACAGGCAGAAGAGUGUGAAAGAAGAAGAGCAGGAAAGACGUGACAUCGGGUUGAAGAAUGCACUAGGCUGUGAAAACAAAGGGUUCGCUCUGCUCCAAAAGAUGGGGUACAAGAGUGGGCAGGCUCUGGGCAAGAGUGGAGAUGGUAUUGUUGAACCAAUUCCUCUCAAUGUCAAAACAGGAAAAAGUGGCAUAGGUCACGAGUCAUUAUUAAAACGGAAAGCAGAAGAAAGGCUAGAAAACUACAGGAGAAAAAUUCAUAUGAAAAACCAAAAUGAAGAAAAGGCCACCGAGCAGUUCCGGAUGCGACUGAAAAAUAAGCAAGAUGAGAUGAAACUCGAAGGAGACCUGAGGAGAAGCCAGCGAGCUUGCCAGCAGCUGGAUACCCAGAAGAAUAUUCAGGUUCCCAGGGAGGCAUGGUACUGGUUAAAGCCUGAAGAGGAGACUGAGGAAGAGGAAGAGGAAGAACAGGAUGAAGAUGAAUGCACGAGUGAAGAUUUGAGUGCACUGGAAAAACUGCAGAUACUCACCAGCUACUUGCGAGAAGAGCAUCUAUAUUGCAUUUGGUGUGGGACAGCCUACGAAGAUAAAGAAGAUCUAUCUUCAAAUUGCCCAGGACCAACCUCUGCAGAUCAUGACUGAGAUUAUUCCCAAUAAAGUAAAAGCUGUUUGUGCCGGUGAAGAAAGAAGGCUGCUUUAUUCUUUUAGAAGUAUGUUCUACUUUGGAUGAAUUGCUCACUGGCUUGGGGAAAAGUUACUGUCACUUCCAAAUACAAGUAUCAUAGACAUGGACAGUCAUGAUUUAUACUAGUAUUGUGAUGCUUGUAGAAGCAUACCAGCAGGUAACACACUUUGCCCCCCUCUUUACUUGGGGCAAAUUGAGAAGUAAGGCAUCAUGGGAAUCAGGAAGUCAAUUGUCUGCUUUAGGGUUUGAGGUAUCCCUUAAUGGUAGAAUACCUGUCAAGCCUGGGCAAGGCCCUGAGUUCAGUCACCAGCACCACUAAUUACUCGUGCCAGCAUGAAGCUGAACCUACAGAAGAAGGCACCUUCUCUAAGCAGCCUCCCUAUAGUUCUUAUUUGGAGAAGCCACAUGUCCGUCCUGUGCCUGAAGAGCAAGGGCAUACCUUAUGUUCUAGGACCAAUGUCUUGAAGAAAUAGUUUAUCCUGUUUUGUUUUGUUUUGUUUCAGAGUAAUUAGACGUUAGCUCUCCAAGAAGGGAGCACACCACAGGCUGAGCCACACAUGCUCACUUCUAUAGCUUAGUAGCUAGCCCCUGUCAGAUAAAACAUGUCUAGGGUCAGACAUCAAAGUCAUGGGUGUUUUUUCAAAGUGCAUAUGCUCAGUGUCCUCUAGUGGGGUUAUUUCAGCUGGUCUAGGGCAGUUCCUGAUUAUCCUCUUUUCAUAAAUUCCAAGAGUAUGCAGCAGCCUGCCCUUGCUGUUCAAAACACCACAGCAUCACAAAGGAAACAGGAGUGACAGAGUGAACACAAACUGGUCAGCUCAGUGUAACACUGGACAGUGGGAGACCUUAGGAUACUACAGUAGCACUAAAUUUGGCUUCAUACACAAAGCUGCAAGGAGGCAGCUGCUCUAUUGCUCAGCAAUUCUAAGCAUAGGAAAUUCUAAUCACACGAGUCUGGUCAUCUGCUUUGAGUGAUCUUAUAAUGGUCAAAAUGAAUAAACAAUCCAGAUGUCUAAAUUGAACAAAUACAUUAAAUGUUAUAUAUUCAUACAACAGGACCCUAUUUGGCAGCAAAGAGGAAUGUGUUAUUGAGACACACUACAAUGUGGAUGAAACUUGGAAACAAUACUAUAUGAAAAAUACCCCUGUAUGGUCUAUUUAUUUACGUGCACAGAAUGGACAAAUCUAUAGCCAGAAGGCAGACUGGUGGUUUUUGGAGUUGGGAGAAGAUAAUCUGUUAAUGGAUGUGGGUUUCCUUUGAGGUGACAAAAAUGUUUUAAAAUUGAGCAUAGUGUUGAUGCAAUGCUGAAUACACAUUGUUAAGUUGUAGGUGUUGGAUAAAUGAAUUGUAUACAAUGUGAAUUAUAAUGCCCAGCAUUUUGACUGCAUUAUUUAAUUAGGCGGUGUGGUGUGGGUGUGUGUACCAUGGGACAUGUGUGGAGAUCAAAGGACUACUUGUGUACUCAGUUCUUUCCUAACGUGCAGGUGCCGGGGAUUGAACUCGGGUCAUCGGGCCUGGUGGCACAUCCUUUUACCUGCUAAGUCAUCUCACUGUCCCUAAAACUUGCUGUUUGUUUAAGUUGAAGGAAAUUUCAGGUACAAACAGCUGGAGCAUGUUCUGAUUGGGUCUGUGUAGCUGGGCUUUAAUCUGGUAAUGCCAAAGUGUAGGAUUCAUGAUGGCAGUCUGUGGGGAGCAUAGCUGCUGAAUCUCAUUUUAAGUUUCUGGCCUCCAAAACUGCAACAAGUAAAUGACCAAGUAGAUAAUGUAAAUGACCAAGUCAGUGGUAAAAUAUUGCAACUACAGGAAAUUAGCAUAUACCACAACUAAAUUAACAUCAGCAGGGCUCUAUGUAUUCCAGAAGCAUUCUGUUUGCCUCCCAGUACUAUUACAGUUUUCAGUUAGAAUUGAAGCCAAUACUAGUAUAACUACAUCCAUCUAACCAUGGGGACACCGUGAACCACUUCCUGAGCAGAGGACAUGCUACAGAUAUAUUGACUAGUUCCUUCAGCAAAUGUUGAGAGAAAAGAAAACGAAGGGAGUAUGCUAUAGAGGAAAAGGGCAUGUCAACCAAAUGUAACCAUGGAUCCUCCUGAUUUUAAACAACCUAUACAAAAGACAGUUUUGAAAUUGUAAAACUGAUCCAGACUAAUUAUAUGAUAAUUAUAUUUCUUAGUUUAUCUGAGUAGCAGUGAUAUGUGGUUUGGUUAAUAUUACAAAGAACUUGUCUGCUACAAGUCAACCUUUAGAUAUUUACUACUGAAACACUAUAAUGCCUGAGGUUCACAGUAAGAUUUUCCAGUCAAAGAAAAAAGGAAGGGAUAGGUGUAACAACAAAGGUAAAAUAUUGUUUAUUAAGCCACAUAAUGUUACAUAGAGUCCCAUCAUUCUUGUCUAUGUUUGAAGAUAAAAAAUUAUGAGAAUUAAUAUUGAAUGAGAAUAUUUCUCUUAUAAUAAAAUAUUAAACAUGCCAAAAAACCUCAUCCUAUGGUGAACAUUGAAGUGUGGAAUGAAAGUCUGUCGCAUGAGUCUGCAAAUGAUGACACUUAGGUGUCUCAUGUCACAUGUAGAUGUGUACACAGCAUGUACUUAGUGGGCAGGCAGUCUGUACGGUUGCACUAGACCAUGCCACUUAAAAAACACCUUACAUUUCAUUUCAAACCGGGUUCUACAAAUUAUGCAACCAGCCAUACAUAUACAUCUACAUGUGUGUAAAUAUUAUGCAUAUGUUUGAUAUAAAUUUAUGUUAAGUUCACA